AUGCUUUAGAAUAUAAGAUAUUUUUCAGCAGUACCUAAGAUUGAAAAAUGUCUCUACAAGACUCUCGGAGUUGGAAGAGAUGCUAAUAAUCAAGAAAUAAAGGAGUCUUAUCUUAAACUUGCUAGAGUUUAUCAUCCUGAUAAAAUGCCUGAGGCUCUUGAAUACUUUACUUAAGUUACAAAAGCCUAUGAAAUAUUAAAUGACCCAUUAAAAAGAGCAGUUUAUGAUGACGAGAGUAUAACUGAUGAGGAAUUCUUCACUAUUCAAAUUGGACCACUCAAAGUUAAUCUAUUCUCUGUUUUUAUGUAAAUUAAGCUAUUGACUUAUUUCUUUCAUAGGAUUGCAUUAUUUGGAAGUACAGGUUAUUUCGCUUAUUACUAUUUGAUUGUGAAAAGAAAAGAUGAUGGUAAAUGCCCAAUAGAUAUAAAAGAAUACAAAAGCAUUUGA